CAGGCGUCCGUCUCUCCUUUCCUCAACGGGCAAUCGCACGCUUACCGCACUCUCCCCUCGGGAGCGCUUGGAAAUCCCACCUCGGCCUCAGAACUACUCGCCACCAACAAAAUGACCACUUCCACCGCCGCGCAACCACCAGGCCUAGCUAUGGACAUCCUUCCCUUCAUAGACAUGACAAAGCUCUCCCAAUCAGAGCUCCGUGCCCUCUCUCUCUGUUCUUCCUCCUCCUUUGACCCCCGCCGCAGCGACGACUCUGUAACAUUCACCAUUGAUCGCUCAAGCUUCAAUGAGAGCGCUGGCUCACGCCGGCAGACCUACUCCCGACUUUCAUCCCACCAUCACCAUCGCCACCGCCUGGCCGGUCUUCUUCCCAAAACCCUCAAUCCGCCUAGUCCCACUCCCCCUCCCUCAAACGAUCCCUCCACUGACACCGACCACCUUGAAAACCACUCCAUAAUUAGUUUCCUCAAACAAUUGCUUUCCACCCACCCCGAAUUCCAGCAAUUGGAUCUAGUAGAUUUCGAUAGUUUUAGCCAUCUUAACGAUGCCAUAAAUUUCAAUUCUCAUCCAUCACCACUAGCAGCAGUAGUAGAAGCGCCUGUGGUAAAUGGGAACUUUAGAAUUGGGGAAAGGAAGAGGAAAAGAGGAAGGAAGCCGAAAGUGAAAGUAAUAAGUGCAGAGGGGAGAGAGAGGGCGAUGGGGGCGGAGAUUGUGAACAAAAAUGGAGUUGUGGUGGAUUUGGUGGGGUUGGCGAGUCUGGAGGACCCAUUCAGGGAGGAAUUAAGGAGGAGGACGGAAGGGAUGGAUAAAGAGGAGAAGUUGUUGGGAUUUUUCAGGGACCUUGGAGGGCAGUGGUGUAGCAGGAGAAGGAAGAGGAAGAUUGUAGAUGCUGGCGAGUUUGGUGACGUCUUACCUGUUGGUUGGAAGCUCCUACUCGGGCUCAAAAGGAAAGAAGGUCGUGCUUGGGUUUAUUGCCGCAGAUACAUAAGCCCCAGUGGACAACAAUUUAUAUCCUGUAAGGAAGUUGCUGCAUAUUUGCAAUCAUUUUUUGGACCAUAUGAUGCUCAACAGGUGAAGGAUCAUGCAGGUGACAGUAUCCAGCAGGUCCACAGACUAGCUUCUGAAAGUUAUGGAGGUGCGACCAAGAAGGAUGAAGAUCAGAGGCAAGCUAGUGAACAUGAGAAGGCUGUUGCCUUGCUGGGAAUUGACAAUUUGGAGUUGGCAGAGGUUCAAAUACAGGACCUUUUUGAAUGCCACAAAUGUAAGAUGACAUUUGAUGAAAAGGACACAUAUUUGCAGCACCUUUUGUCAUUUCACCAAAGGACUACAAGGAGGUAUAGACUUGGUUCUUCUGUUGGUGAUGGUGUAAUAGUUAAAGAUGGAAAAUAUGAAUGCCAGUUUUGCCAUAAGGUGUUUCAUGAAAGGCGACGAUAUAAUGGUCAUGUAGGAAUCCAUGUAAGGAAUUAUGUGAGGGGGAUUGAAGAAUCACCUGGUAGCAGGAUGGCUUUGCAUAAUAGAAGCGACUCUCCAACCAAGGAUGAAUUGCCUACAAGAAUCUCCAAAAUGGAUGCUUUGAUUGAAAUAGCUCAGAAUUCCAUUCGAGAAACAUCUUCUUCUGGUCCUAAUGGUGAACCCGAUGGCAGGUUUACCUCUAAUAAACAGAAACUGGCUCCUAAUCCAGAACUUCUAGCUUCAGUUUCUGAUCGUGAAUUGAAAUCUGAUUCUUCGCUGAGUGAACCAGACACAGAACACGAAUCUCAGGAAUUGGAGUUACAUCAGCAAAAAAGUGAUCAUAUGAUUGAUGAAAGGAUGAGAAUGAUUGAUGAUGCUAGCAAUGUUCUAGAUGUUGAGAUAGAUUCUUCGUUUGCGAAUGAGCAGCAUAGUAAUGCAUAUAAAGCUCUUGGCGGAACAGAUUGUUUGGCAGUAUUCACUGAUGUAAUUGACAAUUCUGUCCUUGAGCAGGAAAGAGGUUCUGAACAUUGCUUCCUUGUGCCAAUGAGUGAUCAGAAAAAUUGUUGCAUUGAGAAUAAUGUCAAUUUGGUUAGCUUGGACAAGCAAGAGAUUUUCAAUACUGACAAAGUGGAUAAAAUGAGUAGUGUAGAGGUAGAAACUGGCUUUGUAAGCAAUAAGAGUGAAGCAGAUGGUAAUAUUGUGCAAGAAACUGUACAGGAAUCUUUCAAAGAAGAUCAGCUUCAGCAAGGGGUUCCAGAAACACCUGUAUCUGUAUUGCAACCAUCCCAUGGUUUUUCAGUGCCCAAUGUGAGCUUGGAUAAGGAAGAAACAAAAUGUAGUGUGAUGGACCAGAGGCAUGACAAAAUAGCUGGAUUUGAGGAGUUGAAGUUGGAGGAAAUUGAACAACUAAAAUUUAGUUUUGGGACUGGGCAAGAACCUAGUUCUCUGCCAGAGGUGCCAAUAAAUAUGGAAAAUCAUACUGAGAUGGAAGAGGCAUAUGAUGCCUCAGUUAAGUUUGAACCAGAGAUUGUAGAUACAGCUGGUGGACAGCAACUUACAACUGUUUGUGUAUGGUGUGGAGUGGAGUUCAGCCAUGAGGCUGUAGAUUCUGAAGUGCAGUCGGAUUCAGUUGGUUAUAUGUGUCCGAUCUGCAAGGCAAGAAUCUCUGGGCAGCUAAACGUGUUGGGUGAUGGUUGCUCAUGAAUUCUUUAGCUGAAGCUGGAUGGAAGAUGUUUAUGGUGAAGUAUUGCUUAAGUUUUGAAACAUGAAGUUGAUCACUAUAUCUUAAUGUAUGAAUGUGUGUAUGUUCUUGCUGGAGCCUGGAGGUUACCUCUCAAUCGUUAGAUUUGAUGGAUAUUUCAUCCUUGUAUCUGUAAAGACUGACAAUGAGGGCUAGUUGGAUGUAAAAGUUAUGUAUCAUAAUAUGUUUUUCAUUCUUUAUUUA